CCGAUUUUUGUUCACCGAUAUCCCCAAUGAGAGCGGUCUUGGCUUUUCUUUUAUCAUACUUUGCUCUCUGAACUUAUAUCUCUCCCCCCUCUUUGCCUUUCUUCCUCUUCUAUACAAACAUUAUCAACACAUAUUUUUUAGUUUUACACACACACAAAAAUACACUCUUUCUCUCUCAAUUCUCAUAUUCGUCAUUCUUGUAGAAACACCAUAAAAGAAAUUGUAAUGCAAUGGCAAUAGAGUGCAUCAAAGCCGUGCCAUCGUCAGUCCAUCAAAAGGAAGAACGUAGCAAAGAAGAGCAGAAAUCAUUAGUUUUUGAUGCCAAAUUUUUAAGAUACCAAUCAAACAUUCCCCAACAAUUUGUAUGGCCGGAUGAUGAAAAGCCAAUCGUCAAUGCACCAGAACUGGCUGUUCCGCUAAUCGACUUAGGUGGGUUCUUGUCUGGUGACCCUGUUUCUGCAACGGAAGCUUCAAAGCUAGUUGGCGAGGCAUGUCAAAAGCACGGUUUCUUCCUUGUUGUUAACCACGGUGUUGAUCAAAAGCUCAUAGCUGAUGCGCACCGUUACAUGGACAACUUCUUUGAAUUGCCACUCUCCGAUAAGCAGAAAGCUCAGAGGAAAGUUGGUGAGCACUGUGGUUAUGCUAGUAGCUUUACUGGCAGGUUCUCCACUAAACUUCCUUGGAAAGAAACACUUUCUUUUCGCUAUUCUGCCCAGCAGAACUCACCAAAACUUGUGCAAGACUAUUUUCAUAACACAAUGGGUGAAUCUUUUUUGGAAUUCGGGAAGGUCUACCAGCAGUACUGCGAGGCUAUGAGCACUCUUUCAUUAGGAAUCAUGGAACUUUUGGGAAUGAGCUUGGGAGUAAGCAAAGCCCACUUCAGGGAAUUUUUUGAAGAAAACGAUUCAAUAAUGAGGCUGAACUAUUAUCCACCGUGUCAAAAACCUGACCUUACUUUAGGAACUGGACCUCAUUGCGAUCCCACAUCAUUAACCAUCCUUCACCAAGAUCAAGUUGGUGGUCUUCAAGUGUAUGUAGACAAUGAAUGGCGUUCAAUCAGCCCCAAUUUUCAAGCCUUCGUCGUCAACAUUGGAGAUACUUUCAUGGCACUUUCAAAUGGCAAAUAUAAGAGUUGCUUGCAUAGAGCAGUAGUGAACAGCGAGACAACAAGAAAAUCAUUGGCUUUCUUUCUAUGUCCAAAGAGUGACAAGAUGAUAACACCACCAACGAAGCUAGUGGACAAUUCGAACCCAAGAAUAUAUCCAGAUUUUACAUGGUCAAUGCUUCUUGAAUUUACACAGAAGCAUUACAGAGCAGACAUGAAGACUCUUGAGAUGUUUUCAAAUUGGGUUCAACAGAGAAAGUAGCUGAAGAAAGUGGGGCUUGGAGGUGAAGUGCGGUGGGGUAGUAAUUGUGUCACAAAACAGACCUGAUCGAGCUUGUUAUUGGCUGUCUUUUGUACCAAAGGAAAGUGACAUUUGUGUAGGAGAGGAAAAGGGAAAAAAUGAAUUUGGGGAUGAAAAAUAACAAAAAAAAAAAAAAAAAAAAGAAGAAGGAAAAUUUAGAGAAAGAAAUUGAAUCAGCUGUUAUGUUUAAUGUUUAUAGGUCGGUAUGUAACUAGCUUUUUGAAUCAUCAACAAAAGGCAAGACAAGAAACAUAUAAGGAAGCAAAUAAAAAGCUGAAUGUGCUCAAA